GUUUCCGGUUGCCGGUGCGGACGGAUCACGGUCGCCUCUCUCUGCUCCGGUUUUGUGCUUCUUGUUAACAAUGGGGGAAGCUGAUGUGACGCUGAACCAGACCGACGAGAAGCCCCCGGACUCGGGCAUGGCUCCCGGGGAGGACUCGGUGGUGUGGAGCCACGAGGUGGAGGUGUGCCUGUUCCAUGCGAUGAUCGGACACAAGCCCGUCGGAGUGAACCGUCACUUCCACAUGAUCUGCAUCAGAGAUAAGUUCAGUCAGAACAUUGGACGGCAGGUCUCCUCCUCUGUCAUCUGGGACCACCUGGGAACGAUGUACGACAUGCAGGCGCUGCACGAGUCGGAGAUCCUGCCGUUCCCAAACAACGAGAAGAGUUUCUCCCUGCCUGAUGACAUCAUCCAGGAGGUUAAAGAAGGUAAACUGGGCUCAGAGGAGGAGUCCAAAGAGGAGUUCAGGAUGGAGAGAGAACCUCCAGCUACACAUGAAGAAGGGAGUAACUCCUCGGUGAAGAUGCCAGAGCGAGCGAGCAGCAGUCGGGAUAAGGAGAGAGAGCGAGACAAGGAGAAGGGAGGAAGUGAUGGCGGAUCUUCGUCGGCGGCAGCAGCAGGAGGAGGAGGAGGAGGAGGAGGAAGCGGUAGCGGAGGGAAGGAGGCAGAGAAGAGGAAGAGGAGUCGGGCGGCUGAGAAGCUCCUGUCGUCUUCCAACCCGGCGAGUCCGGGAGGAGCCAAGAGGAGGCGCACCUGAGCGUGGAAGGGACAGAGACGGAGAAGCGUGGAGGAGAGGAGGAGGUGAAGAAGAAGCUGCUGCUGUUGCAGAAGCCGAGCCUGCGAGCGUUGUGUCACGUGAACCUCUGGAGUGAAGUCGUCCAAGUGCUCUCUGUCCGUUUCCAGUCGCUCCCUGUGUGGCUUCUCUCUGAUUGGCUGCUUGCCACCUGUCACUCAGCAUCUGUGCCUUCAUCUCAUCAUGUGAUUACAGUGGGAGGAAGUGACACAUCUGGAAGCACCUCUGGAGUGUUUUUAGGACCAGACAGCUGACCUGUCCACAGUGUGAGCGGAGUGUGUUGUCUUAUUGUUUUUAAUGGGAAUGCUGGUGUUAGGCCUGAGUUUCGUCUGUCAGGCGACAGAGACCACUGUGCUACAGUUAACCUCAUGUUGUUGUUUUCCUGCCUUUUCUUUGACCUGUUUGUUGUUUCACCUCAGAGAGAAUCAGGUGUUUGUGGGGACGUAAAUGAGCCCGAGUUAAACAGUCCGACGACCCUGCAGCCUUCGUGCUCCUUUCACUUCUUUAGAAAUUACAAUAGACGAGAGUUUUCCAGCUCACUGAAGCAUCAAUUAAGGAUCCUUUUCACCUUCAACUACCUUGUUGUUCCAAAUGCAGGUGAUCUUCACUGUAACAUGACCACACUAUAAGGGAAAAGCCCCGCCUCCCUCUGUGCUUGUAUCAUAAAAAUCAUUGAAUCUAUUUUAUAAUUUACAGUUGAUAUUCUGCUAAAAUGUGUCCAGCAGUGUGUGUGCGCGUGUGUGUGCGUGCGUGCGUGCAUGUGUGUGUGUGUUUGUGGUAGAGCUGCAGAUUGAACACGAGUUUCUCUCGAACUGUGACGCUGAGCUGAGGUCGGGUUUUAUUUGGAGCCUGAAACGUUGAAUGUUGCUGCAGCGACUCGUACAGACUGUUGAAUAAACUGCAAUAAAUGUGUCGCUCUCUCCGAACUGCAUGUUACAUUUUGGAGUUUUGUUUUUGUGUGAGGAGACGAGCAGCUGACUGUGAUUAUUCACAUUUCUCCUUUUUUAUUUUUUAAAGUCUGAUCAUUUGUUUUUGUCAUUUGAAAAUAUGUGUCAUAUGUAUUUAGUUUAGUUCGUGUGUUUUGAGAGCUGCACUCUGGAGACCAUGAAAAUCAAAUGUUCCCUUUAAGUUUUUUAGAGUGUUAAAUUAUGGAUGAUGAUGAUGAGCAGAUGUGUGAAACAGCUGUUUGUGUCAUUAAAGCUGAACUCAGAUCAGUUUUGUGACUCUUGUCAUUUUCCUGAAAAUUGUGACGUUUGUAAAGCGAGGCCUGAACGCUGCAGCGCGUCCGGUCAUUCAGGGUUUCCUCUUUGAUUCAGAUCAAAUACCAACAUUAAAAUCUGCCCUCGAGUUUGUUUCCUGGCAGAAAUUAAACAGCUGAUCUUUAUUCUGAAUGAGAGACUUCCAGGCUGUUCGCCUUCACAAUAAAGGUCUGAGAAAGUCAUUCAUUUUUAUCCUCAAAAUAAAGCAGGAGGAUGUUGUCAUCAUCAUACCAUCCGUCUGGGCGUCUGUAGACUCCAAAACUACACGGAGCCCUGAAAUCUGGCGUAUGUGUUCUUUGCUCUUCAGAGAUGUGCACCAUGAUAUUCAUAUUCCUGGUUUAGUACCUCUGUAUUUAUCUGAAGUGGAGAGGAAACAACAGGAAGGAUUUCAGGUUGCUAAUGAUAUACAGCUGUUUUCUCAUGCCUGAUUGGCUUAGAAAUGGAGAAAGCGGGGUUUCCACAUAUCUGGCAGCUGAUAUGAGUCUGUUUCAGGCUGCAGCCCGAUUGAUCAGCCUGUGAUGCCGACUUCUGAUUGGCUGAGCAUCAUCUUAACAUGUUGGUCAGGGAUGACUCGUGGCCAUGAAUAAUACAGACUAUGACUCACAGAGAUGUUAAAGCCAUACCUACUGCUCAGCAGCAUUGCUCAAAUGUGAACAACAUGUUUGCAUUAUGAUUAUAGUGAUGUUAUACAUAAUGCAUGUAGUAAUACCCAUGUACACAUAACAGUAUAAUAUGAUGUGAAUACCUUGUAAGUAUGCAUUAUAUCUGGCUUAUUGUUAUUGAUGAUAUAAACAGAAGUACAUUAUGUAGUACACUCCCGUGUACAGAGUGCAGUACUUUCUCUGAUUUGUUUCCCAUGGACGUGUUUUUUUUUUUUU